CUGGAGCUGUAUGUGAGUGUGACAGGAUGGCAGAGGAAAAGCGCCAGAGUCCUGGAAUUAAGAUCGGGACCGUUAUUCAAAGGCAGACUGCGACUGACACCAAACGGACCCCGGAGCGCCCCGGAGCCGCAGCGCGUCACGUUUGCUGAUGCGCGACCGGAACUUUAUGACAAAUCACAUUGCGUUUUGUGAAUUACUCCGGGGGAAAGUAUGGACAACAGCUGCUUUGAGGAUUCGUAAUUACGGUGCGCUGAAAAGCACACGAGUAACGACUUAACUUUCCUUUAGAAAGGCGACAAAGUGACAUUUUUGCGCGUCGUUCGUUUGCGUAAAGUUUUUAAAGUGCUACAAAAUUCUUCGCUUUCAUUUGGGACAUGGAGGAAAGAAAAUUCAUGAUGGAAAAAAAUAUGACAUGAUGGAUGUAUUUUACUGCAUGAGUGACAGGAGUGCUGUCAUGUUUUAACAGAAGUGAGAGUGUUCUAACCUGUCUAACGUGGUGACCUAUCUAUUCAUACUUGGAAAGGAGUAACUCGUCUUCAUUACUGUCUUUCUCAUCAUUGAUACUUUAAGUUUUUAUCAGCUAGAUUAAAUUGUGCCCUAAUGUCAUGGGCUGACCUGGGACCGCGCAGUUGAUAGUGUGGGGGACAAUGUCGCGACCCUGGGUCCACAUCCCGUUUUGGGUUCGUGUGUUUCUCCUGCUGCUGCUUCACAGAGUCUCUGCGGGCUGUCCGGAGCUCCUUUCCAGCGGCUGCAGUUGCGCAGAGGACCGCGGUAAAGCUCACACUGCGCCCGGGGCGCGGAGGAAAGUAAGCUGCGUUGGGAAGGAGCUGACUGAAACUCCCGAAAUCAGUCUGCUUCCCAACAGGACCAUCUCUCUAAAUCUGAGCAACAAUCGUAUCCGCGUCCUGAAAAAUGGCUCCUUCACUGGCUUGUACUCCCUUGAGAAGCUGGAUCUCAGGAAUAACUUGAUCAGCACCAUCAUGCCUGGAGCCUUUCUGGGUCUCACAGCUCUUCGGAAACUCGACCUAUCCAGUAACCGAAUUGGCUGCCUGACUUCAGAAGUGUUCCAGGGACUUACCAACCUCACGAAAUUAAACAUCUCUGGAAACAUUUUUUCCUCUCUGGACCCGCAUUUGUUUUUGGAGUUACACUCUCUAAAGCUGGUAAACUUUCAUUCUGAGUUCCUGUCAUGUGACUGCGGUCUGCGCUGGGUGCCAGGCUUUUUCCGCAGCAGUUCUGCUCGGCUUGGGGACGAAACACUCUGUGCGUAUCCCAGAAGACAUCUGAACAAACCCCUGCGUCUCCUGAAAGAGAGUGAACUCAGCUGUGAGGGUCCGCUGGAGCUGCACACGCUGUCUCUGUUGCCCUCGCUGCGGCAGGUCGUGUUUAAGGGGGACAGGCUGCCUUUCCAUUGCACUGCUUCACUGGUGGACAAAGUCACUGCUCUUCACUGGCGACACAACGGUCAGCCUGUCACCGCUGACCCUAGCAGUGGAGUUCAUCUGGAAGAGAGUGUACAGCAUGACUGCACCUUCAUCACCAGUGAGCUGAUCCUGUCAAAUGUCCACGUUGAGGCGAGUGGUGAGUGGGAGUGUGUGGUGUCAACGGGCCGUGGGAAUGCCUCGCGGAGUGUGGAGAUAGUGGUACUGGAGAACAGCGCCUCCUUCUGUCCGGAGCAGAGAGUGACUAACAACCGAGGGGAGUUCAGGUGGCCUAGAACUCUGGCUGGCAUCACCUCCUACCAGCACUGUCUGCAGCUGCGCUACCCCUCCUUAACUAUAGGGGGCGGUGUGGAGCAGAAGAAGGCUUCACGUAACUGUGACCGCUCUGGACACUGGGAGGAGGGGGACUACUCUCAGUGCCUCUAUACUAAUGACAUCACACGGGUCCUGCAUACCUUCAUACUGAUGCCCAUCAACGCCUCCAAUGCUGUGACUCUGGCACACCAGGUGCGAUCACACACUCUGGAAGCCACCGGUUUCACAGACACGGUGGAUGUUCUUUAUGUGGCUCAGAUGAUGCACAAAUUCAUGGACUACGUGACAGAACUGCGUGAGCUGUCCGAGGUCCUGGUUGAAAUGGGCAGUAACCUGAUGCAGGCAGAUGAUCAGAUUCUGGUUCGAGCUCAGAGAGAGGAGAGAGCCUGCAGUUCAAUCGUCUACACACUGGAGAAUCUCGCCUGGCCUCAGCUCAAUAAAUACCCACAUUACUACUCCAAAUAAACUUUCUAUUCACCAAAGAACACAUAUCUUAGUUCACGUAACAUUGUGAUGGAGGCUCACAUGAUUCGUCCUGCUUAUUUUACUGGCAUGAGCUGCACGGUUUAUCAGAGACGAGAGGGGGCAGGAGGGAGCCAGGGGCAUGAUGGGAUUGAAUCUUCCUUUGAGCAGCAACUGCGUUUUCGCUGCACCACAGGAACACACAACACCUCACUGAACGCUUUUCAUCUCAAGAACGCAGUGGCUCUUGCUUCAGUGUCUCUCCCUGCAUCUCUUUUUCCACCGAAUGCUCCUGACUGUAAGCUGCAGUUUGUGGCAUUCCGCAAUGGAAGAUUCUUUCCAUUUACCAGCAAUUUUACAGGACAUUUGGACCUUGCCCGCAGACGUGGUGUCAACACUCCAGUUAUCUACGUUGGCCUAGAUGGAUGUAGCAUGUGGAAUCAGUCUGAUCCCAUUAUUGUGUCACUACGACACACAUCACCUGGAAAUGACCCUGUUGCUGCCCACUGGAGCUUGCAGGCCCUGGAGCAUCAUGGGAGCUGGAGUCUAGAUGGCUGUCAGCUGGCCUAUAGUGAUGCGUCCACCUCUACACUGCGCUGCUCUGUGCUGAGCAAUUACGCUGUACUUCAGGAGAUGCCAGAUUUCCCGAGUUCACCUUCGAUUCCAGUGGAAGUGCUCCAUCCAGUGAUCUACACCUGUACUGCAGUGCUGCUCCUCUGUCUCUUCACCAUCAUCAUCACCUAUAUACUGCAUCACAGCUCUAUCAGAAUCACAAGGAAGAGUUGGCACACACUCCUGAACACUAGUUUCCACAUCGCAAUGACCUCUGCGGUAUUUGCUGGAGGCAUCACUCUGACCGGCUACCCAAUUAUAUGCCAAGCAGUGGGGAUUGUUCUUCACUACUCUUCUCUGUCCACUUUGUUAUGGAUCGGUGUGAGCGCCAGAGUCAUCUAUAAAGAAGCCUUAGUAAGGACUCCACAGCAGCUAGAAGGAGAAACUGCUGUACAACCAACCCAGCGGCCCAUGCUCAGGUUUUAUUUGAUAGCCGGCGGUGUCCCACUCAUCAUAUGUGGUAUCACUGCAGCUGUAAACAUCAGUAACUACGGAGACAACAUUCCUUAUUGCUGGUUGGUAUGGCAACCCAGUUUCGGAGCAUUCUUCAUUCCAGCUGGAUUGAUCAUUCUUGUGACCUGGAUCUACUUCCUGUGCACUGCUUUCUGCCUGAGGCGCCGAAACAUCCAGGAGUCCAAAGAUCCUCCUUGCUCCACCUCCAUCCCCUCAACCUCGCCUGAGAGCCAACCGGCAAUCAGCGGCAGCACCAGCCUGCUCUCGACAGACUCUGUGGUGGGCCCAGUGCAUGCUGGGACGACAGUGGAGGACCAGUACUCAUUGAAGGUCCAGUGUUUGGCGCUGGUGGCAACACAGUUCGUGUUUGUGGGGCUGUGGUGUUGUGGCGCUAUGGCCGUUUGGAACGUGGAUAGAGAGCGGAAACUCUUUAGCUGCCUGUACGGAGGAACGGCUACUGGAUUAGGGAUCUUCUUGAUGCUUCAUCACUGUUUCAAGCGUUUGGAUGUCCAGGCAGCGUGGAUAAGUUGUUGCCCAGGUUACCAUCGCUCCCAGCCCAUGGCAGCUUAUUCCCACCCCUGCACUGCAACAGUAGGCAUUCAGAGUGCCUCGGAAAGGGGCUCACAACUUUUUGUAGGAUGCCAUCCACCGACGGACACCAACAAUUACUCUUCUUCUGCCAGGUCAUCAUCAACUCAAAGUGGAACGACGAGCAUCGCCGCUGGGCCUUGCAAACUCACCAACCUCCUUCAAGUGACACAAGAUAACGUGAACAACGCCACCCGAGCGCCAACGGGAACUAAUACCAACACAAGUACAAGCACGGAGAACAACAAGCCAGCAAACAAUCUGUUGCCCGGUCUACUGCCUGUCCAGCAGCCUCAAAGGAGGAAGGCUUGUAGUAGAACCAGAGGUGGCAACACCCAGUACCAUCACCGGGGGGACGGCAGAGGGCAUUACCGCCUCAAAGCUCUCAGGGCAGGUGGAGGAGGUAGCAUGGGUGCUUUGGGACCUUCUGGGACAGAGCAAUCAAACAUCCACCAUCUACACAAACACGCUUCCAGUGACAAUGGAAGUCUACGGAAUAGCCAUUCAGAGGGUCAGAAUGGCCUUCUGUCCAAUGGGCGGCACAGAGGGGAGGGACUAGCGACAAGCCCUUCGGAAGGUAGUGAUGGAGGUAGCAGCGGAAGUAGAAAACCUUUUCCCCUGUUGCCUUCGGUGGCAAGUAGGUCCACCAUGCAACAGAACGCUCAACAUCGCAGCACUAGCAAAGACAAUCUUAAACUAGCCGCCGCGGCUGAGAGAGAGUCAAAGCAGAGCUCGUUCCCUCUAAAUGUGACAUCAAAUGUCACUGCGACGGCCUUGUUGACGACAGUUUCAGCACCUAAUGGAACACUAAAGGGAUCCGUGGUGGAAUUGGACACUAGCGGAACUGACCAAUCACAGGGUUCGGUUGGUAUGAAGAGCAGGGUAUGGAAGAGCGAGACAACUGUAUAAUAAUGAGCUGCAGGUAGAGUUUAAAGACUUUGAAGGUUUCUUGAACUUGUAACUUGUAUGCUAGAAGCCAAAGCAUGGAUUUCUUUCUCCACAACCUUGCUGAAAAGACUAGUUUAAACCAGCCUAAGAUGGUUUUGAACACUUUUCAGCCAAGCUAAACAUCAGCUUGGAUAGUCAGGGAGACCGGCUAAACCAGCUAAGGCCAGGAAACCUGUCAAACAGUGUUGUAGAACUCAAGACUGGACGACAGCCGUCAUAUUAUUUUCAUGGUUUUUCUGGGCAUUUGGUCUUGACACAGACACCGAUUCCGGUCUUGAGUGCUGCAACGCUGUGGAUAUGUUUUGUAGUCUGUGCCAACUCUCGCAUGUCUGCUCUGUCUCAGGACUGGAGCACAAGGUUCAUGUGACACUGUCAUGAAACCAAGCCUCAUUCAAACCCUCUUCAAGUCACUGUCUUGACUCGGACUAAGACUCGUCAAGACAGACUUCAGACAGAGUCCUGUUUCGUCCAGUUUCAGGUACUACAACACUGCAGCUUAGGCUGGUUCAAGCAGGGUUUUUCAGCAGGGAAGAGAAACAUUUGGCUCCUUUUAUGAUGAACCACCUAUACUUGUAAGCUUUGAAGGUGUUCUGUGAUCUCUGAACCGUCCAACAUGCUAAGAGCUAAUGCUAAGCAUGCUAAUAAGGAGAAGCUGUGUGAGGCUGUUUUAUAUGAAGGAAAAGAAAGGGUGUGUAUGCAAAACCUGACUCCUCUAAAAAGACAUCGGGAGAGUUGGUUUGAUAAAAUAUGCAAAAUCAUUUUGAUUGCUUUUGUUUGCCUGUAAUACCACUUAAUCUAACAAACUGUUGGAACAUAAUGAAUCUUUUAAUAUGGAAUGUGCCAAGGGAUCUGAACCUAAAGUUCAGCUGUUUAGCUGUGUUGUUCUUUAUCUUUCUGACUAUGCAUAUCGAUCAGGAUGGAGAACCUGUUCGCUUGUUACCUAAGUUUUCUUGUUCAGUCCCUUUAUGUCUUUGUCUCUUGUGUGUUCAUGUUUUUAUUCCCGCUAUUUCAUUUAAAUGUCUGUAAGAAUGUACAUUGUGUUAUGUAUGUAUUGUUUGACCAUUACAGUGUUUAUUCAAUUCUCUGGCACUAAUAAGCAGCUUUUGACAUCAGUCCCACAGAAAACAAAGACUGGCCAUUGAUCCAUCCAUCCCCAACAUUUCCAUCCAAUGCUUAACUGGUGCUGGGAAUGUCUUCUUGUUCUUCUGAUGUUGUUCAGCAGAAAGUUUAGUGAAUAGGAACUAUUUGGAAAAUGUUGCUUAACAGUUCCCUCUAUUGGGCCAUUUCUGCCAUUGAUCAAAUGCACUGAAAAUGAAUAAUGUUGAUGGACAAAUGAUAUCAACAAAGUGACAGUUGUUUCAGAUGAGUUACUAAGGGAUUUGAUAAUGAAGGGCAAGUGUUUGUCCAUACAGUACAUAUUCUGUUGUAGUACCAUGUGUGACAUGGGCUUUUUUUAGCACUUGGUUCGGGUUAUGAAGAGAGCAUUUGGCAUAUUCUUAUAAAUAAUAACACAUUUAUAUUAUACAUAUCAGUAUUAAUAUUGAUGUAAUUGUAAUUGUCAUUAUGCAAUUUUAUGAUAUCAGUAUUUUACAGAGGAUUGGCCUAAUCAGUUUUAUAAACUCUCUGUUUUUAGUCUAAAAGCACACCAACAAUCAAAGCUUGACCUCCCAUGCUUUUUUUUUUUUUCUUCUGCAGAUUAUUACCAUACGUAGAGCAGGUUUUGUUUACUAUCAAGCACUGUUCAUCCUACAAAUGGUCAGCAAGGAGAACUACUAAUCUCCCUGGAAUUGUUAGUCCUCCUUCUUAAGCUUAUGCAAAGUUGUGAGGAACAAGGAAUUUGUGAUAACAAAUAAUUAUUUUCAAUAGGUCUUUUGUUUUUCAAGUGUCCAAGUGUCUUUUUCUCACAAAUGCAAAGAAUGGACAAUCCCAACUGCCUGAAAAAGGGGAAUUCAGAUCUUUGCACUGACUGUUUUUUUUCCAAGGCCCACAAGCUAUCAGAUACUGGCUGUAGUGCCAUUAUUUUUAGAUCACAUCAUGAUGAAGUCACAAGUGUUGCCCGUCUUUAGCUUUAGCUACACUUUGAUUAAAAUAAAAUUAUUUUAAAGUGUGUUCAGGGAUAUUUGUAUGCCAAAGAAAGCUUACUGUAAGUAUGAGCUUAUUUGAUAUUGUGUAGCCUCCCGUUUGUCUUUUACCCCUUCAAGCCAGAAAUCUCCCUCAAAAUUGUUAAUCAUUCAAAGACCACAUACUGCUAAAGAACCAGUCCUCCCUUUUCCCAGAUCAAAAAGCAUUUAACAUCAUGUGUGAUAAUUUCGUGAUUAAUGUAAGUUAAUCUAUCGAUUAUGAACGCUUAUAAUCACCAUCAUGUCAUUACAGAUUACACAUAUUCUAUUUAAUUUUGGUUGUAUAUGAUUUCAGUAGUUUUCGGGGUAAGUUUUCAUUUCAAACGCCAACAACAAAGAAUGUAGUCAAAUAAUACAUGGAUUUUGUGGCCUGCUCAAAGGUUGCCAUGUGUAUGUAUUACUUUUAUUUUUUUCCUUUAGAAAAAGAUUACAAUUUUAAAUGGCUUGCUUGUGCAUAAUGGUUUCAGGUGACAUUGUGAUAUUUGCAUGAACAAUUUUCCUUGCCUCUGGGUAGGCCUAGAGCUUCUGAGGGUCAGUAUAAUUUCAGUGUUAUCCUAAAUAAUGUUUUGACUGUUAUCACGAAGUUUAAAAGGGAGAUUUCAAUAAUAACAUGAAUAUUUAUAUUUUUGUCACUCACUUCAAUAUGAAAAUGAUAGCAGCAUUUUUGUAUCGAUUUCAGUAAUAUAUAGAUGUUAAGAAGGUGCCUUAACUAUGACCUGAUGCAAAAUAAA